GUUUCAAAAUGGUCAACAACCCGAUCGAUGCCGAAAGAGAACCACAAGAUCAGGAAGGAAAACGUCUGCCUCUUCUUCCAUGAAUGAACAUAUUUGGGCUUCCGGUCACAUAGACAUCCGCAAGAUGUCAAUGGAUGCUAUCGAUUUCUGUUGAAAAUUGUCAAAAUCACCUUCUGUACACUUGGAUUAUGGACUCACCAGGUUUUGAACUACAUUCUACGAGUACUAGUCUAUCUAAUCUGUAUUUAUCAAGCUGUUUACGAUUUCUAUGUCGUGUUAAGUUGCCACGGUUUUGGUUGCAGUUUCUCACAAAAUUCAGCGGAUUUAAGAAGCCCCUUCAUCACAAGGAUGAUAAUCGUGUUGCAAAUGCUGUUUAUUUUUAUAGUUUCAUCCGCAGUUUCAUCGUAACAAAGGACAAAAACUUAGUUAUGGUCGCACCGUCUUGAUCCGCAUCGAUGGAAGACCUUAGCAGAACGGCCGGCUGAUGGUUGUGUCUUAUUUUCGCUUUAAUGACAAUGUUGUAUCUUAGCUCGAUGGCUGUGUUUCACACCAUCGUAUGGAUAAGUAAGCCAAAGGUUUCCUAUUUCACCACUCUUGCCACCGGAGUAGAAGCCCAGUUUUUCGCGCAGUGCACAGCAAUAACAACUUGUCACGAGUUCGUCAUGAGUUCCUUUGCGUUAGGUAAGUUGCAUACUUCAAAUGCUGAUAACAAAAUGAUCAUUGUGUUUUCAUUUAUCCUUUGUUCUCAGCGUUCAAAACCCUUUUUUGAUGAUUUAGGUGAUUAACCUUUCCUGUUGUCUUCCAUCCUUUCUCUGCGAAUUAUCUAUGUUACCAAAGUCAUUAUGGCCGUAGUUAUGACCAUCACAAGUUUUAUAAGCAUUGAAAUACCGUGACAAUCAAAAGCACUGAUGUAACGAAAGGGCAAUAUAACGGGAUUUAUAACAAUUUUUUGACAUUUUCAAUGCACUAGAGUUUUGCUAAAAUGUAUGAUCGAUAGUUAGAUCAGUUUGAUCUUGUUUGAGUGGUGCACUUCUUCAAGCCAUUGGAUCAUCUUUAAGUAUCUACAAGGCAUACAUUUCACAGGCAUUCUUAGAAUAAUCUGGAAUCUGAAGACAACUUAUUUGGGACAGGCAAUCUCUAAACAAAUUUGGCAAAUCCUAAAAUUGGCAACGUCUUGUUUAAAUACCUGACGAACAAUGCAAAAAAAUAGCGGGUAAUCAAUCUUAUAAUUUCUCUAUUUAACCUUCACCUUUUUCUGUCAGUAAGGGUGUCUGUUUUUUCUAUUUUGUUUCAUUCUACCUUUUUCAUUGUUAUAAAAUAUCAUUAUAAAAAUUAUAUUAUAUUAUUAUAAUUAUUAUUAUUAUUACAGAUUUUCUGGUAUGAACGUAUUUUUGUUACAUUUUUCACUUUAGAUACUUUUACAUAAGUAUUAUCUUAGACUGAGUUGCACUCAGUCUUGUAGCAUAGAAAGUGUUUUCAUGAGCACUGAAGAAAACUUUCUUCACUGCACUAUGAGGGAAAUAAAAAUUUUCAAAAAGUCACGGAAGUUGCAAUUACUCAACCUCCCUUAGUAAGAGCAAGGAAGAAACUGCUUUAAGUUUUAAAAUGUGUAAAUCAUUCUUUCAAAGACCAUAAAAUGGAAUGGGUAUGUAAAUUAAUUCAAAUGGUUCAUCAUUUCCGACUAUUUUUGUGCAAAAUUAUCCCUGAAAUUUCCUGGACUUCAAUAUUUUCUUUCCUAGAGUGAUCCUGAUUUUUUUUAGUCUAUAAUCAUUUAUUUAUGAUCCUUAGAACAUCUCUAUUAUGUGUCCUGCUUACAAAGGCUUCAUGGUCAAGUUUUGGACACAGCUCUUAUGGAAACGGGUGAUGAGUCAGAGACAGACAUUCCAUUUGACAACAUUAUUGUCUUGUAAGUUCUCUUCAAUUACAAUCCCUCCUCUUUGAUUCUGACUAGCAGAUUUUACCACAGUUUUCAGAUAUUUAUCUUCACCCUGUCUUCAAAAUUAGGCUGUCUGACUACUUGCCAGAGUUUGAACAAAUGAAUUGUUUGUCACAGUUAAUAGAUUAAGACUCAGCAUACUGAGUGAGCCAUGACUCACAUGUACAUUGCACUCAACUUGUCAACUUUUACCUCUUCACUUACUCAAACCAAAGUCUCACAAUUUAGGAAGACAAGAAUCUUUGUAUUCUCAUGGAGGAAUAUUUUCAUUACAUGCAGUCAUCUUGAUGCAUUACAAUAUCUCUAUUUUACUUCUUAAAGUUGAAUGUUGUACAGUAAAAUUUGAUCACCCUCCACUUUAUUUAGUGUUUAAUUCACCAUUUUCAAGUGGUGGCCUACCUGUUCCUUGAGUUAUGUGUAAUGAUGGUAUCAGUGUCUGAUUUAUAAAUUUUUUAUCUAAUCUUAGUGAAAAUGUGAGCUAUGACCUCAAGCUGGGUAUAGAAAUAAGCAAACAGAGCUUCAGGAGUGAAAAGGCCAUUACGAGGAACUUUAGCGGGCCACGAAGUUCUCAAAUUUAUACUUGCGGAACAUACACAAUUGACAGUGGAUCACCUUCAUCAGAGGAUCAAAUCACAUGACCUCAAAACAGGUACAGUGUAUAUUUAGUAUGGUUAGCAAUAUUGUCGGGCUAUCAUUUUGUUUUGUAAGAAACUUUGGCAGUAGUAGUGGCUUUGUAACACAUCUCUGGCCUGGACGGCACCUCCGUAAAUCAAUGAAAAUUGGGCUGUGGGUAAUUCCCAAAAAGAGUUUUCCAAAUCGUGUCAUCCUUUUGUUCGGUGAAUUUCCUGGAUUCUCUCUGAGUAUGUGUAUUGCAGGUAAUAUAGCUGUGAUGGGCGAUUCGGUGAUUUGGUUCAUGCUGUAAUGUUACCAGAGUAGAGUUACGCGUGGCAGUUUUGGCCUUUUACUUUCUCAAAAAAAUAUCAGCUCUUGUUUCAAUGAUUAAUUCCAGACUGAAGUUCUAUUUCGCUUUAAGGUUUGGUUGGAGCAAGCCCUGUAGUAUCCACUGUAUCUGCUGAGGAUUCAAACAUGCCAAGACUGGCUUUAUGGGGCCAGAUUUGUCGCCGUCUAGCUGCCAGACCUGCUUGUAUUGAACAAGUCCAUACGGAUGGUUUUCUUGAACUACGGUUACGGUCGAGUAAUUAGAGCCUGGUACUUUAGUACUCAGUCAAAUAUAAAAAGCUGCUGCUGCUGUAAUUAGGGUUUUAAAAGAACCAAAGAAAUUAAUCCAAUCUACACGUAUAUCUUCAUGAAUGAAAGUAAUUCUUCUCGAUGAUUGGUGCAAAUACGUUGAAAGUGUAAAAGCCUCACCAUAAGUUUAGUUGAAUUAUCCCUGCUAGUACAUUUAAAGAAGUUUUGCUCAUGGCAGGUUCUGUCUUGAUAAACACUACAUUUCCAUGUUGACUAUUUUCAGAGAAUGACUUGCAGUCAGUUUUCAUGGUGUCGGCUCUGGUGUGUUUUGAGACAUGCGACAAUCAAGUGCUGUCAUCAACUGUUGGUAAGUUUUCACUCAGUAGAAUAUUCCCUUUAGACGGAAAUUUAAUUCUUUUGGUUCUAUUUAAUAGCUUCCCGGUACACGUGUAACUGUGAUCAAUCAAUGAUUAUGGAAUAUUUAGGAAAUUUAUUUAGGAAAAUGUCAACGGGACAAAACAUUCGAUCAAGGUUUCAGUCGAAACGCAUCCUGCGCCCGAUACAUUCAAAUUUGUACGAGGUCCCUUGGUUUGGUCAAUGUACACAGCUUGUCGGCUGAGAUUAAUCCAAAUUGUUGCUAAAUCUUUUCUUAACUUGGACUCGACAGUUUGAAAACAUGGACAGCCAUUUUCCAUGUAUUAGUAAUCUUUUUGAUGAGUGGAACUCUAAUCUUUCGCUUAGUAUACGUGGUGCUCGUUAGCCUUUGUAAUAAUUUUUUUCGGUAUACGAUUUUAUGCUCUAAUCGCGACCAGACAGUCAUAGAAAAUUUGUUUUGCACUGUAAUAGACUGCGUGUGUCAUCAAUGUUUUCCUCAACAGAACCUUGGAAGGCAGUUGACAAACCAGUCCCUCUAGAGGAACUGAAAUCAGUACCAGCGGAUUCAGAAAGCAUCGAAUGUGCGUAUGCCAUCUGGCAAAGAAGAGACCCUGAAAAUGGAAGCUUCAGGAAGGGAAAGAAAAAAGAGGUGUGGACGAGAAUGUGUUGAACCACGAAACCACAAUUUGAAUUUGAAGACCUCUUUGCUUGACGUAAAAAUACUUAAUUGUGUUGUGGAUCAAGAGAACGUGCGGCUCUAACCCACCUGUUUUACUUUCUUUAUUUUCAUUAGCUGAGAAUAAUUGCAGCAUUUAGGAAUGAAAUUUUACAAAUAUAGCAGUUUGGAAGAUACAUGAU